CGUCUAGUCUUCCGCCCCUCUUCUUCCCGGGAGAGCUCGAGCUCCUCCUCUUCCUAUCGCUGCGUGCCUCGCAGCUCCGCCAGCUGCACCUUCCACCCCUCCCUAGCGGUAUAUGGCAUCCCCGUCCUCCUGCAACGCCACGGGCGUGCCGUUCACCCUGCUGGGCGCGCUCAUCACCGCCGGACCCGCCGCCUGGCCGGCCUGCGUCGGCGGCGGCCGCGCCUUCCUCCGGGACUACGCGCGGCGCGGGACCAACGCGCUGCUGUGGGCGGGCCUCCUCGCCGUCACCUGGCUCCUGCUCCUCCGCGUCGCCGCGCUUCUCCGCCUCUGGGCGCUCGGCUCCCGCAUCCCGGGGCCCCGCGCGCUAAUCGCCGACCCCGGGCUCGCCUCCGUCUUGCGCAACGGCGGCGACAUCUCCGGUUUUCUAUCAAAAUUGCAUGGGAGAUAUGGCCCAGUUGUUCGCCUGUGGGUGGGACCCUCCCAGCUACUUGUAUCAGUCGUAGAUCCUACUCUAGUUAAAGAGGUGCUGUCAAAGGCUAAAGAUAAGUUACCAUUGACUGGGAGGACAUAUAAUUUAGCUUGUGGAAGACUUGCCUUGUUUGUGUCCUCGUUCCAGAAGGUGAAAAGGACAAGAGAUUCUCUGAAAAUAUUCUUGAAUGAAAGACUUACAGUUGGUACUGGUCAAAGCUCAUUCAAAAUUAUUGAUGCUGUCCUGAAUAGAAUCGACUCUAUUAUGUCCAAGGAUUUUAUGGACACUAGAUCUUUCUCCCAGCACAUGGCAUUUAAUAUUAUCAGUGCAACUCUUCUGGGUGAUGCCUUCUUCGAUUGGUCUGAUGCUGCUGCGUAUGAGGAACUUCUUAUGUUGGUCGCUAAAGAUGGUUGCUUCUGGGCUUCUUACACAAUUCCUCCAUUUUGGAGGCCUAGCUAUAGGAGGUAUCAGACCCUAUGUGCUAAGCUGAAGAUAUUAACAGAGAGCGUCAUCAGAAAAUCAAGAUACCAAAAUAGUUCGCUUCACCAUUUUGAUCAGAGAUCUUGUCAGAAAAGUGAGGGGACAGAUCCACAUAGAAGUGUUUUAGACAACAUGAUGCGAAGUCAUUGCCUCCAUGGGGCUGCUAAAGGACCACUUAAUUUAGAAGAGGAAACAUGUGGAAACAUCAUGGGUUUGAUGUUGCAUGGUAUUUCCACUUCUGCUAACUUGAUUGGUAACAUUUUGACAAGGCUUGUCUUGUUUCCUGAAUUGCAAGAUCAGCUACAUGAGGAGAUUGUUUCAGUCUGCAAUAAAUCAUCUAAAGUGGAGGUUGAUGAUCUGCUUAGGAUGCAAGUUCUACUUGCUACUGUAUGUGAAUCUGCUCGCCUUUUGCCUGCUGGACCUCUUCUGCAGCGAUGUUCUUUGAAACAUGAUUUGACUCUUGGCUCAGGUGUCACUGUGCCAGCGCGAUCAAUAUUAGUAGUUCCUCUGCAUCUCGUGCAAAUGGAUGCUUCUGUUUGGGGUGAUGAUGCCGACCAGUUUAAUCCUCAUCGGUUCCUUAAAAGGGACAUUGAUCUUGGAGAAAUAUUAGGAGCACCUAAAGGAUCAACUAGGUUAAAUAUUUCCAGUGAGUGUACCAAGGCCGAAUCAUUUCUUCCAUUUGGUUCUGGAAGUCGAGCAUGUGUUGGGCAGAAGUUUGUGGUUCUGGCAAUAUCGAUGUUGAUUGCCAGUCUGCUCCGCAGCUAUGAGGUACAACCUCAUCCAAGUUUGUCUAAAGAAAUGGACACAACAGUUGAUAGCAGCCACCUUCAUCUUCCAAACCCUAAGAUCAUCCUCACCAAAAGAAGGAUCUGAAGGGAGAGUUUGGCAAACGAAAAUCUGGCACGUUUGCUUUCACUGUAUUGUUUUUCACUGGUGUUACACCAGUAUAUGAUCUUUAGUUUCCUACCGUCGUUUGGACCAUGCUGAAGUUUGGAAAGGCGACCUUGACGAUGCGGAAGUGCCUUUUUUCCUCCGGAUUUUUGACAGACCCUGUGUGCUUCGUUGGAUCUAAGUUUUUGUCAGGUUUUUGGAGCACAGGGCUGUUAGAUCACAGGAGACGUAUGCUGAUGUGUAUAAACAGACUCGUUUUUUCAGUUGGGGUUUUCUCCUAUCUGUGGAGAAUGUAAUUAAUGUCCAACGCAUGAUGUCGCUCGCCACAUAUAUUUUAUUGUAUCUUACUUGCAUAUAAACAUGUGAGCUUAUUGUUUGGAC